AUGGGUGGAUCAGACGAGAACAGACACGGUGUUAUUGGACCUAUGAAUCUACAAGGUGGUCUACGUGGAGGACAGACAAGAAGAGCACUGAGUACCAUAAACAAGAACAUCAUCGGAGCUCCGGUUUAUCCUUGUGCUGUCAACAAGAGACCAUUCACUGAGAGAAAUGGGAUGUGUAACAAGAUUCCACCUGUUCCUGUGCAUCGACCAAUCACUCGGAAGUUUGCUGCUCAAUUAGCUGAGAACAAUCCCCAAAUCCAAAAGAAGGAAACCAAGAAAUCAGACUCGAUUUCUUCGAACGAACCAUUAGAUAGAAUCAUAACAGAUGUGGAAGAACAGGAAGAAGAUGGAGACUUUAACGAGCCGAUGUUUGUUCAACACACUGAAGCCAUGCUUGAAGAGAUUGACCGAAUGGAGGGGAUUGAAAUGGAAGAUUCGAAUGAUUUCAAUGAAGAGCAAGAGUCUGUGAAGGAUAUAGACAGCUGCGACAAGAAGAAUCCUCUGCAAGUAGUCGAAUACAUUGAUGACAUAUACAACUUCUACAAGAAAAAUGAGUGUCGUAGCUGCGUCCCGGUUAAUUACAUGGAGAAUCAACCUGAUAUUAACGAGAGGAUGAGAGGAAUCUUAGUUGAUUGGUUAAUUGAGGUGCAUUACAAGUUUGAGCUGAUGGAGGAGACGCUUUACCUCACAAUCAAUCUCAUCGACAGAUUUCUCUCUGUUCACCAUCAAAUCGCAAGGAAAAAGCUUCAGCUUGUUGGUGUGACAGCUAUGUUGCUUGCUUGCAAAUACGAAGAAGUCUCUGUUCCUGUUGUUGAUGAUCUUAUCCUCAUCUCUGACAAAGCCUACACUAGGAGAGAAGUUCUUGACAUGGAGAAGUUAAUGGCGAAUACUCUGCAAUUCAACUUCUGUCUCCCAACUCCGUAUGUGUUCAUGAGGAGGUUUCUCAAAGCUGCACAGUCUGACAAAAAGCUUGAGCUUCUAUCGUUCUUCAUGAUAGAGCUUUGCUUGGUGGAGUACGAGAUGCUUCAGUACGCUCCUUCUCAGUUAGCUGCUUCAGCGAUCUACACUGCUCAAUCUACACUCAAAGGAUUCGAAGAAUGGAACAAGACCUGCGAGUUUCACACAGGCUACGCUGAAGAAAAGCUUCGGGAAUGUUCGAGAAAGAUGGUUGCUUUCCAUCACAAGGCAGGGACAGGGAAGCUAACCGGUGUUCACAGGAAAUACAACACGUCCAGAUUCGGUUAUGCUGCUAGGACCGAAGCAGCUGGGUUUCUUCUGCUGUAA